AAGUAAAGAGUAGUGAAUGUUUCAUAAACUAAAUAUCUAUUUAUUCUUUUAUUGAUUAUUGAGUUGAUCAUAAGUAAAAUAUCAUUUAUCGGUUGUAGCAAGCCAAUUAAAUAUCAUAUUUCGUUAUCUAAAAAUAUUCAAUAUUCAAAAUUUGUGCGAGUUAAUUAAUUAAUUAACCAUAAUUUUUAAUAAAACAUGAUCUCACUACAGUCUCAUAAUCAAGUUCUUCACUAUUUGACCCAGUUUACAUCUGCCAUUACACCUAAAUCCAUAACGUUUGCUAUUCAAGUGCAAAAACAAAGUAAUUCUUCUAAAAUAAAAACUACAGACACCAUUUUAAAAAAGAAUAAAUAUUCAAAGAUUAAUGAAAAAUGCAGUUAUUUCACAUUUGACCAAUCAGAUAUUGAAAAUUUAACAUUACCUUUGAGGUUAUUUAAAAGUGACGCCUGGCAAGUGUUAGAGAAAUUAUCUAAGAAUGAUAAUAUCAAGAUUCCAAUAAGUAAUAAUAAAUGGAAAGUAUCUUAUAUAUCUAGUACUAGUUUUACGAAAAAUAAGAAUGGCUCAUAUUCUAGAAGCUUUCUUGAUCAAGAUAAUAUGUCUAGUAUCUUCUUUCAUAUUAAACCUGAUUGCAGGUUUAGAAAGAAAUGUUUAUCUACAACAUUGCAACCCUAUAACAUACAGUUUAGAUGUUUCAAAACAGAUCGUAAUAUUAAAGCGGAAUUGAAUCGAAAUCCAACAUUGAUUACUAGAAUCCGUAAAUGGUUUGGAUUAAAUACUAAAUAUGAUCACAAUAGAGAAGGAUUAAUUAGUGAUAAAAUGAAUGGCAUUCUGUUAUCCAGAGAAUACACUGACUUAAAUAAAUUGAAAAAAUUUCAAGGAGAUAAAUACAUAAAACUUGAUGAAGUUCAGCAUAUAAAAGCAGCUUUUGUAGAAGGAUAUUUAGCAGGUCAUGGUCAAAAACCUCGUGGGCGUGCACAAAUAUUUUUCAAAAUGUUACAACAAGUUUUUACAGCAUUACCGUUUUUGGUGCUUAUUGUUUUUAUAAUGGCUACAACAGGAGGAAGCAUGUUCAAAAUUCAAAUUGGAAAUAGAUUACAAGUUGAUCCCGAAGAAAUUAAUGUAACAUUUAAUGAUGUUAAAGGAGUUGAAGAGGCUAAAUCUGAAUUGAUGGAUGUAGUUGAAUUUUUAAAAAAUCCUGAUAAAUUCUCAGCUCUUGGCGGAAAACUUCCAAAAGGAGUAUUGCUUGUAGGUCCACCUGGAACCGGUAAAACAUUAUUAGCAAGAGCGGUAGCUGGUGAGGCUGGUGUACCUUUUUUUCAUGCUGCAGGACCAGAAUUUGACGAGGUACUAGUUGGACAAGGCGCUAGAAGAGUUCGAGAUUUAUUCAGAGCUGCUAAAGAACGUGCUCCUUGUGUAAUAUUUAUUGAUGAAAUUGACUCAGUUGGCGCUAAACGUACUAACUCUGCUCUUCAUCCAUAUGCAAAUCAAACGAUAAAUCAACUUCUUUCAGAAAUGGAUGGGUUUCAUCAAAAUGAAGGUGUAAUUGUUUUAGGAGCUACAAAUAGACGCCAAGAUCUUGAUAAAGCACUGCUAAGACCUGGUCGUUUCGAUACAGAAAUAGUGGUCAAUAAACCGGAUUUUUUAGGACGUAAAGAAAUUUUAAAUUUAUAUUUGAACAGGAUUUUAACUCAUGAUGUUAAUGCAGAUAUUUUAGCAAAACGUACUAUUGGAUUUACGGGUGCAGAUAUUGAGAAUAUGAUUAAUCAAGCAGCAUUGCGAGCUGCAAUAGAAGGGGCUGAAUAUGUUACGAUGCAUCACUUGGAGCGCGCAAGAGAUAAAGUAAUAAUGGGUCCCGAAGGCAAAAGAAAAGUAAUAAAUGAGGAAGAUAAUCAUAUCACAGCUUAUCAUGAAGCUGGACAUGCCUUAGUUUCUUAUUAUACAAAAGAUGCAGUUCCUUUACAUAAGGUGACAAUUAUACCUCGAGGACAAUCUCUUGGACAUACAUCAUUUUUACCGGAAAAAGAUAUGUAUCACAUGACUAAAGCACACAUGCUUGCUUCAAUGGAUUCAUGCAUGGGCGGUCGUGCUGCUGAAGAAUUGAUUUUCGGUCAAGAUAGAAUAACAUCCGGAGCUUCAGUAGAUUUUUUGAAUGCUACACAAACAGCUGAAGCAAUGGUUAAGACGUAUGGAAUGUCAGAAAAAGUCGGAUUUAGAGUACAUAGAGAUAUGAAUCGGUCUGGUUAUAGUACAAGCACGCGGGAGUUGAUUGACAACGAGGUAAAGCGACUCUUACAGGAGUCUUAUGAUAGAGCAAAAACUAUUUUAAAAAUCCAUAGCAAAGAACAUAAGCUACUAGCAGAAGCAUUGCUGAAAUAUGAAACUUUAGAUGCAGAAGACGUUAAAGCUAUAAUUAAUGGCAAAAAUUUACGACAUGAAGCCAAAAAAGACAUUAAUCGAACAAUCGUAGAUGUACCCAAUAAGAGCAUAAUGUGAGAUUCUUGUGUAUAUAUAUAUACAUAUAUAUAGUACUUCAUCACAUAAUCUUGGUAAUUUUGUACUAUUUAAAUUGUUGUGUAAAAAAUUUAUGAGGUUAUGUUAAUAAUAUAAAAUUUA